AUCCGCGGUUGAAAUACUAAUCCGUGAUAUUAUCCGAUUACGUAACGCGGGCCACCUCUGCGCGUAUUUUCUUUUUUUUUUUUAAUUUCACGCGCAGUUUCCGUCUUCCGUCCUCGACUAUCUUUAUUAUCAGUUAGUAAACAAUGGCAGGCAGAUUGUUUGCGAGUCGCUUGCGACCUGUCAUCCAAGUACAAAGAUGCGGAUUGAUGACACUGGAUAGGGUUGGUAACAGGGAUGUGGUUGGCUUUGGAUACAACGGUGAACCUACUUACUUGGACCGAGUAGAUUUCCCUUGUCCAGCGAUACGUUGGAAGGAAAAUACCCCUGACGUCAUGGCAUUGAAAGAGAAAGAGAAGGGAGACUGGAAGAAGCUGUCUAUCGAGGAGAAGAAAGCUCUGUACCGGGCUAGUUUCCGUCAAACGUUCAGUGAAAUAGAUGCACCAACAGGAGAGUGGAAAGGCAUCAUUGGAUUGAGCUGCAUAUUUCUAAGCGCUGGUGUAUGGCUAUACCUAUACUUCAAAGUAUUUGCUUAUCCAGAACUGCCAGAAACAUUCUCAUUAGAACGUCGACUGGCACAAUUAGAUCGUAUGAAGAAACUUGACAUGAAUCCGAUCGACGGACUCUGUGCUCGAAAGUAAAUUAAAUUAUCCUCUAUUCUUGAAUAAUUUAGUCACUCGCUAUGUACAGUAAUUUUUUCCCUCGACGCUUGUAUAUAUAUGUACAAGUGGCAAAAUUUUAAUAAAUGCCAUGUGGUUACAUCAGAA